AGUGAAAGUUCUUCAGGAAUCUCAAGGCAGCCUUCAACAAAAGGAUCAAGGCAACGCGCCAAACCCGGAGGAGAAGAAGCUGUGGAAGUGAAGAGUGUGACAGAUAGGAUUUCAGAGGACAGCGUUGCUCAACUGCAAGAGAAGACUCAACCAGGACUUGAAGUAGAAGAGAAAGAAGGAGAAGCAGAGGAUGUGGCUCCUGAGAAGCCUGCAGAAAAUGGUGAAGUACCUCUUGACCUUCCACCUCAGCCCAUCCAAAGACGAAUUCCCCGUCCUGGCAGUGCAAGACCAGCACCACCCAGAGUGAAACGUCCAGAAAGCGCUGAGCUCGUACCUCCAGAAAGGAGCGGUAGUGGUAAAACAGUCUCAAAUGUGAUCACAGACCAGCAGAUUUCUGAUGAUGAUGAUGACCAGUUUGUGGUGGAGGCAGCACUGCCACUGCCCGAGGUGCCACAUAUGGAAAUGGAGCCAGAAGCGGAGCUGGUUGAGGAUCAGAAGCAUGGUGGGCUUGUAAAAAGACUCCUAGAAACAAAGAAAGAUUAUGAGGCAUCACAGAAAUCCUCAAAGACAACAGAGAGGGAGAAGCCCUUUGUAUCAGAAGCAGCCAGGAAGAGAGAGAGAGACUUGGUAGCCAAAGAAAUUGAGAAGUUUCAGGUGUCUAUUCAGACUCUGUGCCGGAGUGCCCUGACGCUUGGCAGGAUCAUGGAUUACAUCCAAGAAGACAUGGAUGCCAUGAAGAAUGAGUUGCAGAUGUGGCGGCAGGAGAACAGACAGCAUGCAGAAACUCUGCAGAAAGAGCAGAGCAUCACGGACAGUGCUGUUGAACCAUUAAAAGCUGAUCUGGCUGAACUGGACCAGUUGAUUAAAGACCAGCAAGACAAGAUCUGUGCUGUAAGAGCUAAUAUUAUAAAGAACGAAGAGAAAAUCCGCAGGAUGGUUCUUAGCAUAAACCUGUCUUCCAAAAGGUGA